GAAAGAAGAAAGUGGAAUGAUAAAAAACGCACUCCUCUUUCUUCUUCUCUCAUAUUCUAUAAAUUGGACCCCAUUUUUGGAGUCACACCAAAAACCUUUUCAGUCUGACCAUUUCCUUUUCGUUCAUUAACUUCCAUCUGUAACCAUGUCUCCUCCUCCUCAUCACCACGGUGGUGCACCACCAAAACCAAACCGGAAGUUUAUUUUUCUUGUCCUGAAAGCCAUAGUAAUGAUCGCAAUAACCAUCCUUUUUUUCGUGCUCCUUGGUGUUGCCGCCAUCCUCCUCCUCAUUCCCACCGCCGCACUCCACCGCCACUCGACUCCAUCCUCCAAUCCCCCAAAGGGGUUUCCUCUCAAAGACUUAAAGAAGCUCCCAAGAUUCAGAUUCUCGACUAAGACGACACCUGAAACGGGUGCUGAUCAAAGUUCAUGUGUGGUUUGUCUUGAAGAUAUAGAGCAAGGGCAGUGGUGUAGAAACCUUGUUGGCUGUGGUCAUGUCUUGCAUAUGAAAUGUGUGGAUAGUUGGCUUGUUAAGGUUUCUGCGUGUCCUAUUUGCAGGACAAGAGUUGAAUUUGAUCAAGGCGUAAAAGAUAGGCCAUCGUGGGACUUUGUUUGGAAAACUGAAUUGAAUAUUGGUAGAAUUUUCUCUUUCUUUUUCUAAUCGACAACGCUACAGAGCGAGUGGCCCUUCUAGGCGGGCAGCUUUGUGGCAACACUCCGGAUUCGCUCCGCCUUACAGCCUUGCUUCCCAUUGUAAUUGCCAUAAGUUCUUGUUAAAUCUUGAGUCCUUUUAUUUUUUAUUUUUUUGUAUGUACGUUAUCGAAUUUUUGGUUAAUAAAUAAACCAACAGUACCAACUAUCAAAUCCAUUUAUUUGAUUAUGAAUUGCA